CCCGCCCGGGAGCGCUUCGCCAUUAAAAAGGCCGUUAGACACCCUUUUGGUGCCCUGUGUAAGCUACAGCGUAACAAGAUCUCCGCUCUCUCAGGACGCUUCAGAGAUGUACCUCUCUCCCUUCUUUGGUCCGCCGGGUCAGAGCCUCUCAAGAACUGCUCCUGGUGUCUUCUGCUGAGGGCUGACUUUCAGAGAGAGCUUUUCCACUGAGGAGGGCACCAAACCCAGCUGUGGACAAAGGAUGCCUCUAGUAUGACAGGUGCAGACAUCCUCCCUGCUUUGUAACCAUGAAGGAGACUGACCGGGAGGCUGUCGCAACAGCGGUCCAGAGGGUUGCUGGAAUGCUGCAGCGCCCUGACCAGCUGGACAAAGUGGAGCAGUAUCGCAGAAGAGAGGCCCGGAAGAAGGCCUCUGUGGAGGCCAGAUUAAAGGCUGCAAUCCAGUCACAGUUGGAUGGCGUGCGCACGGGCCUGAGCCAGCUCCAUAACGCGCUGAACGACGUCAAGGACAUCCAGCAGUCCCUGGCGGAUGUCAGCAAGGACUGGAGGCAGAGCAUCAACACCAUCGAGAGCCUCAAGGACGUGAAGGACGCGGUUGUGCGGCACAGCCAGCUCGCUGCCGCCGUGGAGAACCUGAAGAACAUCUUCUCAGUGCCCGAGAUCGUGAGGGAGACGCAGGACCUCAUCGAGCACGGGGAGCUGCUGCAGGCCCACCGGAAGCUGAUGGACCUGGAGUGCUCCCGGGACGGGCUGAUGUAUGAGCAGUACCGCAUGGACAGCGGGAACACGCGUGACAUGGCCCUCAUCCACAGCUACUUUGGGAGCACGCAGGUGCUGUCCGACGAGUUGGCCAAGCAGCUGUGGAUGGUGCUGCAGAGGUCACUGGUCACCGUGCGCCGCGACCCCACCUUGCUCGUCUCUGUCGUCAGGAUCAUCGAGAGGGAAGAGAAGAUUGACCGGCGCACACUCGACCGGAAAAGGCAGACUGGCUUCGUGCCUCCCGGGAGACCCAAGAACUGGAAGGAGAAGAUGUUCACCAUCCUGGACAGAACAGUUACCACCAGGAUCGAGGGCACGCAGGCGGACACCAGGGAGUCGGACAGGAUGUGGCUCGUGCGCCACCUGGAGAUCAUACGGAAGUACGUGCUGGACGACCUCACUGUUGCCAAGAACCUGCUGGCGCAGUGCUUCCCGCCGCACUAUGAGAUCUUCCGGAGCCUGCUGCGCACCUACCACCAGGCCCUGAGCGCGCGCAUGCAGGACCUUGCAGCAGAGGACCUGGAAGCAAAUGAGAUCGUCAGCCUGCUGACCUGGGUUUUGAACACUUACACCAGCGUGGAGAUGAUGGGGAACGCGGAGCUGGCCCCCGAGGUGGACGUGGCCCUCCUGGAGCCUUUGCUCUCUGCAGACGUGGUCUCUGCGCUGCUCGACACCUACAUGUCCACGCUGACCUCCAACAUCAUUGCCUGGCUGCGGAAGGCCCUGGAGACCGACAGGAAGGACUGGAUGAAGGAGACAGAGCCCGAGGCCGACCAGGACGGCUACUAUCAGACGACGCUGCCUGCCAUCGUGUUCCAGAUGUUCGAGCAGAACCUUCAAGUUGCUGCUCAGAUAAGUGAAGAUUUGAAAACAAAGGUACUAGUUUUGUGUCUUCAGCAAAUGAAUUCUUUCUUAAGUAGGUACAAGGAGGAGGCGCAGCUGUACAGGGACGAGCAUCUGCGGGACCGGCAGCGCCCGCACUGCUACGUGCAGUACAUGGUGGCCGUCGUCAACAACUGCCAGACCUUCAAAGAGUCCAUAGUCAGCUUAAAAAAGAAGUAUCUGAAGCACGAAGCGGAAGAAGGCGUGUCUCUGAGCCAGCCGAGCAUGGAUGGGGUUUUGGAUGCCAUUGCCAAAGAGGGCUGCAGCAGCCUGCUGGAGGAAGUCUUCCUGGACCUAGAGCAACAUCUCAAUGAACUGAUGACAAAGAAGUGGCUGUUAGGGUCGAACGCUGUAGACAUCAUCUGUGUCACUGUGGAAGACUAUUUCAAUGAUUUUGCCAAAAUUAAGAAGCCGUAUAGAAAGCGGAUGAUCGCUGAGGCGCAUCGGCGCGCGGUGCAGGAGUACCUGCGGGCCGUCAUGCAGAAGCGCAUCUCCUUCCGCGGCGCCGAGGAGCGCAAGGACGGCGCGGAGCGCAUGGUGCGCGAGGCCGAGCAGCUGCGCUUCCUCUUCCGCAAGCUGGCUUCCGGCUUUGGCGAGGAGAUGGACAGCUACUGUGACACCAUCAUCGCUGUCGCGGAGGUCAUCAAGCUCACGGACCCCUCUCUGCUCUACCUGGAGGUCUCGACUCUGGUCAGCAAGUACCCGGACAUCAGGGACGACCACAUCGGGGCACUGCUGGCCAUGCGGGGGGACGCCAGCCGGGACAUGAAGCAGACCAUCAUCGAGACAUUGGAGCAGGGGCCGGCCCAGGCCAGCCCCGACUACGUGCCCAUUUUCAAGGAUAUCGUGGUUCCCAGCCUCAACGUGGCCAAGCUCCUCAAGUAGCCGGUGUGACCCUGGCCUCAGACUGCCGCGCGUCAGAAAGCACUCCCCUCCCCACCCCCAACCCUGUGUGCACACUUCCAAACUAUUACUGGACAAAAACGCUGAACUGCUAUCAGGGACUGACAGCUUUUUGCCACCACCUCACCAGUGAUGACCUUGCAGACCCGCCCAGAAGCCACUUUGGGGUUUCAGAUGCCUGAGGUCAAGGUCAGGCGGAAGCAGACCUGCCAGCAGGCAAUGCGGUGGGUGUGGUAGGUGAACCCGCAGGCAGGUGGACGAUGCCAGGAGGCACACCCAGCGGAUUACAGGCCUGCACCUGAAGGAACAGGGAGCCCUGGGUGAAGUCUUGCCUCUGACGCCGCCCUGCUGGACACGGCUCUUGGCCCGCACUCCGAGGGAGCUGCGGGAUGGCUCCGGCACUCGCCCCGCUCCUCCUCACAGACAGUGUGUGGGUGCUGGGCGGCUCUGAGGACCCUGUCCUUCCUCACCCGUCUAGAACCAGAGCGCAUGCCAUGCUGUUUCCUCCUCAGGAGAGGCAGAAAAUUCGCAUGGAGGGCUCUCUGCUCAGAGGAGUUACACACAACCUUGGAGAUGGGAGAGGCGGUUCCCACAGCCGAUCCUGGUGGGAGGACUGUCUCUCUGGAGGACUCGCAGCCUAGAUGGAGACGUGAGAGGCGGUUCUCACAGCUGACCCUGGCACAGGAGAGGCCUGGCUGUCUCCCAGGCUUCCUGCCAGCUGCUCUCUGCUAGCACGUCAGUCCAGUCCAGCUCCUUCUCAAUCAGACUGAGAGUCUAGGAUUCAGUCGUGCAAGGGUUCUGGGUUAGUGAAGUUGAGUGUUAGCAGUCAUUAGUGGUUGCUCCUCGUGAUAAUGAAAAUACGUUUGUUUUUCCACUUAAUGGGAGAAUUUUCACUCUGAGUUACUUCUUGAGUAAAUACCCACGGUGACUGCAGAUUGUGGCGGCUGACCCAGGUGACCGGCCCUGUGGUGGCCACCACACGCCUGCACCAUGGUGGGUCCUGAGCUGAAUGCUGGACACCACCACAUUCCGAGGGCAUCCCGAUGUGCUGGGUGGCGUGGUGGGGGCCACUGUGGAGGGCCGCUCCUGGUGGGCGGAUAUGGUGUCCACACUGACGCCCAGGGAAGGGGCGUAUCCAGGUCACUCAGUGCAAGGCCCGCGGGCACCUGUGCUGAAGGCCAGCAUCUGCCCCUUGCUCAGGCCCCAUGUGCCUGCUGAAGGAAGUGGGUUCAACGGUGGGCAGCUUGGGCUCACGGUGGGAGCUGACUUCACAGACACAUCGAGUCUUGGCAUUGUUUGUAGAAACACUGCUGUUCAGUGGAAGCACAUCUUUCAAGUCGGGAAAUUUCAGACUCAGGUUUAUUUAGCAGGUUUCCAAGACACCGGGGAGAAGGGUCCUGACCGCACGUGCUCGCCACACUGCCUGAGGUGCUGUCCCGUGCACCUGCCUCACGCAAUCUGCGCUCCCGUAACGAGGACACGGAGGCAGACCCUGGAAACGGGGCUGGGUUUCUUCCUCUGCUGAGGACCUCAGUCAGGGCUAGUGGGCAGCACGGGUGUCCAGCUGCCCUGAGGCCCUCCUGCAUGGGAAGAGGCUGUGAGUCCCUAAGCAGACAUGACUGUUCUGACAAGGUGACUCCCAGUGAAGACGGUCGUGGUGAGGCUUCUGCCAGCCUAGGACCACCAGAGGCUGCAGAGGCCGGAGGACUCACCUACAGGGCUUAGGGGGCGCAGCCCUGGCCCCCCUGCCCUGAUUGCCAACUCCAGCAAUAAGUGUUGUGUUUUGGGGUGGGGGUCAGCUGCAGGAAAAAGCCCCCUGCUUGCUGGAGACUAUGCUUUCCAUCAACAUGGAAAGGGCUGUAGUUACUGAGUUCUCUUAGAAUGUCUAUGGCCUAGAUUUUGACUUGCUAUAGCGUUUUUUUUUAAUUAAUUUCUUUUUUAUUGAAGGAUAAUUGCUUUACAGAAUUUUGCUGUUUUCUGUCAAACCUCAACAUGAAUCAGCCUUAGUUACAUGUAUAUCCCCUCCCUUUUGAAACUCCCUCCCAUCUCCUUCCCCCGACUCAUCCCUCUAGGCUGAUACAGAGCCCCUGUUUGAGUUUCCUGAGCCGUGCAGCACAUCGCUAGCUUCUUUAUACGGUAAGAUUUCAGUGGACUUCCUGGUGGUCCUGUGGUUAGGGAUCCACCUUCCAAUGCGGGGGAUGUGGGUUCAGUCCCUGGUCAGGGUAGGAAGUGACAGAGCAGCUAAGGCUUCGCAGCAGCAAAAGAUC